AUGGGUUUAGCAGCGCCGAAAAACAAGACCAAGAUCGGCAAUGAUCCCAACAACACCAAAUGGACCCGGUCCACAACUGGAUUCGGACAUCGGAUCAUGAGUUCUCAGGGCUGGACUCCUGGAAGUCUCCUGGGAGCCAAGAAUGCCGCGCAUGCCGACAUGCUCACUGCCGCCAGCGCUUCCCACAUCAAAGUUUCCCUCAAGGACGAUACUCUCGGUUUGGGUGCUCGUUUAGGACGACAGGGCGAACAGACCGGUCUCGAUGCCUUCAAAGGUCUCCUUGGCCGACUGAACGGCAAGAGCGAGGAGGAAUUGAAAAAGGAUGAGACUAAGCUCGAAGAAAUCCGACUGGCACGCUACGCCUCCCUGAAAUUCCCACCGGUCAGAUUCGUUCGUGCUGGAUUGUUGGUACAAGAAAAAGAGCCCGAGAGCACGCCACCCAAAGCCGAAGAGACCUCCAAAUCGGACAAGAAGAAACGAUCCAAGCCUUCCGAUGACGACGACGAGAGUUCAAGCGAUUCUGAUUCCCGCAAAUCUAAGAAGUCCAAGAAGUCCAAGAAGUCCAAGUCCAAGUCGAAAACCAAAUCCAAGAAGUCACGCUCUAGCGAGGAAUCGGACGAGUCAGGCUCAGAGUCAAAGAAGGAGAAGAAGGAGAAGAAGGAGAAGAAGAAGUCCAAGAAGAGAAAAACCGACACUGAGGACUCCGAUCAGAAAUCGGCAGCAGAAGUCAAGAACCCUAUUGUCGCCAGGUCGCAUCUCCCAAUGGGCCGACAAUUCACCCGUGCUCGUCACAUCGCCCAGAAAAGGAAAGCCAUCAUGGAUGACAAGUCCCUCAACGAGAUCUUUAUGGUCAAAGCAUAG